AUGAGAAAUCACCGCAAAAAAAUUAAGUCAUGAGAUGCUUUCUUAGAUUUAAAAGGAAAAUUUAAACAGAAAAUAAGCAUUUUGCAGGAAUCUCACUUAUUUUCAAUUGAUCCAAAAGAUAAACGAGAAGAGUAAACUUGAUUUAGUGUAUGAAUAAAUCUGAUCAAUCCUGAGACAGUUUCUAAGUCAAAAGACUUCUCUGAUUCUAUUGAAGGUUAUAAAGAAAUAUCAGUUGAAAUAAGAGAAAAAAUAAAUAAUGGUGCUGAAAAUGCAUGGGUUGGAACUUUGUCUGGCUUAAAAACUCCUGAACGGGUCGAAAGUUUUAGAGAGAUGAUGAGGAUGUUCUUAUUGAAGAGACCUGAUAUAUAUUAUGAUUUUAAGAUGAAUCAUAUAGCAGCUUUUAUUAUUGCGGUAGUGAAAAAUGAACGCCGCGCUUUUAUAUUAUGCUUGCUUUAAGAUCCAAAUCCUUUUAGAAUUGAAAACUGAAUUUUAUUCUUAUAUAAGAUAGAAAUAGGUAACCAAUACAGAGAUAAUGGUUCCUUUAUAACUUAUAUUUUCUCAUAUAAUUGAGGAUAUUUUACCUGAAGUAAAAUUUAAUUAGGACUUCUGGAGCUUAGAAAACAGAAAGCUCGAAAAGCACACAGAAUUGAGAAUAUUUGAAAUGAUGGCUGAAAUACUUAGGCCUAGACUUUUAAACUCCUUAACAGCUAAAUUCAAAGAAUCUGAAAGUAGCCCAUUUGAUGAAGAUAAAGCUGCGUUUUUAUGUACCACUAAAUGAAUUGGGGAAUUUUUGUUUUCGACACUUUUUACAACUCUGAUACUGAAAUCAACCUUAAUGAGGAUAUGGGAUAACAUUUUUAUAUAUGGGAUCGAAUUUAUUGAAAAAUUUGCUUUAACUCUUUUAAGUAAAUAUGAGGGAGUAUUAAUAAAUCAAGUUAAAGCUGAGAUAAAAAACAUAGGAAAUAUCGUAACUCCUGAUACUUUAAUGAUUGCUGGGGCUGCUUUAAAAAAUGCUUUUAUUUCAAGGACAAUGACAAUAUCGGUUGAAAAAUUAAUCAAAAAGUCUAUAUUAAAGCCAAAUUAUCGAGCCUUAGAAAGGGUUUUAUUUGUGAAUAGAGCGAAAAAUAUUGAGAGAAAUAAUAUUCAAAGGCUUACAAAGAUCAGAACAUGCAAAUCACUUGUCCAGGGCAAAGAUAACAGUUUUUCUAUUGAUAAAUGCAAAGUUGUUCAUUCAGCUCUAUCGUUUUCAAGCAAUUUCGUGAGCUUUCAAGAGUUUAUCAAUUUAAUAAAUCGAUUGAAUUGACCAUUUCCUGUGAUGUUGAAUAUUUUCAGCACUUUUGAUCAGCAGAGGAACUUAUAAUUAAAUAUGGCGUCUCAACGCUUCGCAGUCGAUUUCCUUCGAGCACAUAUAUAAUUAUAUCCGCCAAGAUUUUGCAAUCUCAGAAAUGGACAGCAAUUCUAGAUAAGCAAUUCUUGACGUAACAAAACCAAGCCAAAGUCCGCUUUCAAGUUUGGAUUUCCUAAAGGCGAAGGAUGGCACGGAAAUUGAAAAGGGAUCGCCCAGCAAUGUUUGCAGGCAAUGCCUAGACCAAAUAGGGUACUUCACAAGCGUGAAACUAGGAGUUGCGCCCUGAGCUACAUAUUUUCGCUUUUUGCCGAGAGUCGACCAGAAAUUCCAUUUUUGAGAUUUUUUGUGUGGACAGCACUGGCUACCUACCCAACAGCCUCAAGCAAGGCCGCACAAACCGAAGACUGCCCACUCAACACUAAAGCCGAAAGGAGGAGACACUGCCAUCCCUGGUGGAAUACACUGUCUCAAAACGAUUGAAUCUCCCAUAUCGGAGAUCCUCGGUGAUUGUGUAGAAGUUAUGACAAGAGCCUGUCUGUUAAUAAGUUUUAGUUAAAUUAAGAUCAGCAGGGUAACAGCUCUAUUAAUAUAACAGCCUUAAAAUGUGGCUUUGCAAUCAUAUGUGAAGGCAGCCUAGAAGAAAAGCUUGAGCUUUGUUUUCAAGCACAUAGCAAUGACAGAUCAGGUCUGCUGAGUGUUGAAGAAGCAAUCGCCCUGCUUUGCAUAAUAGAAACUUGUAUUGAUGAAAGAUCAUGCUUACUUCUGAUUGAAGCUAAAGAAUAUUCCUCUUCAUUUAUCACAAAUUCUUACGGAAAAAUUGAUUUAGAAGAAUUUAUACGAUUUGUGACACAAAACAAAUUUUGUAAAAAUCUUAUAACCUCCAUUGAGGCAAUCUCCUCAAAUGAUAUCAAAAUAGAAAAUAAACAGCCUGCACACAUUUAUCAGAUCCCAUCCCCAAUUGAAAAUUCAAUCGAAUACUCCUAUUCAGAUAUAUCACAAGAUAUCAGUUUUUCCAAAAGUUUAGAUCUUUCAGGCACUUCUAUUGAUGUAAACGAUUAUUUAUCAAAAAGCUUAGAAAUCAAGAAUGAUUUAAUGAAAAUUGCUCAUAAUAUGGAAAGCGUUGAAGUUGAAGAUUCAAAUGCUAGUCAAAUUGAUAUAAAAGUAAUGUCUGAUCAUAAGCAAGUAAACCUAUUUGAUGUAACUAGAUCUCCAGGACGUCCUUCUCCGUCUCAUUUCAAUAAAAAACGAUCUCAUGAAAUAGAUGAAGACUAUAAUAUAAUAGUAUCCCCUACUCACCCACAAGAGAAAAUCAAUACAAAUCCUGAGCCUCGCAGAAUGAGCAGCUCAAUUGAAAUCCCUUCAUUUGAAGACAAAAAAGAAGAAAAAUUAAAAAGAGGGACCUGCAAUCGUCUUUGUACUCAAAGUAUCUGCAUAACUUUUUAA